GUCCACGACGUCCACGGUGGAAACCUUGAGAUCAAGGGAGAUUGCGACGCAAACACGGACAUCUUCAAUCUUAGGAACGUUGACGGUUUGGGCAGGUUGCAGGGCUUCGGUAAUCCUACCGGAGUGUGCGUGUUCCGCUACAAAAACUCGGUAGCCGGAAAAAAUUGCCACGACGUGUGCGAAGCAUUGGGCACCGAAUGCGUCAACGUCAACGUGACCGACACCGGCGGCACAACAAGACAGGCCGGCAUCAUCAACACCAAUGGGGUCGAUUGUGAGCAUCGUGGCGUUACCUCGCACGGCACUUGCACCUCGGUGCAGUUGAACAGUGCCGCGUGCGCCUGCCGAAUCCCGGAGAACACCAAUGCCGGUCAAGGCCCUGGGCCGGCGGUGGAGCGGCAGCUCCAGCUCGACCCGACGCUCGGUGGUCUAACCGAAGGCGGCGUAAGAGCUGCCUGCACCGAGGGCGACACGAACUUCCUAGCAUCGGCCGUGUAUCCUCCAAGAACUCCUGACACCCACCCUGGCCUCGAUGACGAGGAGUAUGAGCUGGAUGCGAUCCUGGCGGGCUGCAUCGUGGAUUUCGUCUUCGCGGAUGAGGGCGACCGUGACUCGAUCCUCGACAACGUGGUCGAGCAGGAUCCGGCUGCGCCGAGCACACUCUGUGGAGAUGCCAGCAUCGUAAACCAAGCGGACUGCUUAUGCGGGGGCACGGAG